AUGCCCGAGGACUCGAGUGAACCUCCAUUUCGGACAUUUAUAAGGUCGAUCGGAAGCAUUGUGGAUGUGCCGGUUACUUACUUCAGAGAAAGCAUUCUAGAUCCCAUCCGCAGUAAGAACAAGCAUUAUUACUACCAUCGUCGCUACAGAAGAGUCCCAACAAUUGAUGAAUGUGACAUCAAUGACAGCAUUUGCUACUAUGAAGCCAAUGAGCAAUUUAAAAGAGACAAGAAUGUUGAUGAUGAGAUCUUGGCUAUCUUAAGACAAAGAAGAAUCGAGUGUGAGAUUUACUACGAGCACCAGGCUCCCAAACACUGUGAGCAACUAAAGAAGGAUUACUUUGAAGCAGAAGCAAACUGGUUCACUAAAUAUGGGGACUUGGGAUUCAGAAUGGAUGUGAGAGAGGCCUACAUGAAACAGAAGCACCGCAUGAUCUGGGAGAGGAGGCACGGACCAGUUGGCAGUGGAAUGAAGACUGAAGAACAACAAUGA